AUGAUGAAGAGAAACCACAAGUAAACAACCUCUUAGCUCCACUAUCAGAUAGUGAGGCUGAAGACGAGGUUGAAGUAACUUUGAGCAGCGAUACAGACUGUGAAGGUGAUAUGAGGACUCACACUGACAACAAACACUCUGAAUGCUCUACAAAGAAGAGAGGUAAAACAUGUUUGAGCUGCUCGGUUUGUGCUGAAAGUUUAACUCAAAAAAGCCAUUUGACUCAACACAUGAGAACACACACAGGUGAAAAAACAUUUAAUUGUUCAGUUUGUGGCAACAGCUUUUCUCAAAAUAGCUAUUUGACUCAACACAUGAGAACACACACAGGAGAAAAACCAUUUAAUUGUUCAGUUUGUAGCGAAAGCUUUUCUCGAAAUGGCAAUUUGACUCGACACAUGAGAACACACACAGGUGAAAAACCAUUUAAUUGUUCAGUUUGUGGCAACCGCUUUUCUCAAAAUAGCUUUUUGACUCAACACAUGAGAACACACACAGGAGAAAAACCAUGUAAUUGUUCAGUUUGUGGCGAAAGCUUUUCUCGAAAUAGCAAUUUGACUCGACACAUGAGAACACACACAGGUGAAAAACCAUUUAAUUGUUCAGUUUGUGGCAACAGCUUUUCUCAAAAUAGCUCUUUGACUCAACACAUGAGAACACACACAGGAGAAAAACCAAGUAAUUGUUCGGUUUGUGGCAAAAGCUUUUCUCGAAAUAGCAAUUUGACUAAACACAUGAGAACACACACAGGAGAAAAAACAUUUAAUUGUUCAGUUUGUGGCGAAAGAUUUUCUCGAAAUGGCAAUUUGACUCGACACAUGAGAACACACACAGGUGAAAAACCAUUUAAUUGUUCAGUUUGUGGCAACCGCUUUUCUCAAAGUAGCACUUUGACUCAACACAUGAGAACACACACAGGAGAAAAACCAUGUAAUUGUUCAGUUUGUGGCGAAAGCUUUUCUCGAAAUAGCAAUUUGACUCGACACAUGAGAACACACACACGUGAAAAACCAUUUAAUUGUUCAGUUUGUGGCAACAGCUUUUCUCAAAAUACCUCUUUGACUCAACACAUGAGAACACACACAGGACAAAAACCAAGUAAUUGUUCAGUUUGUGGCAAAAGUUUUUCUCGAAAUAGCAAUUUGUGUCGACACAUGAGAACACACGCCGGAGGAAAACCAUUUAAAUGUUCAGUGUGCUGUAAAAGCUUCCAACAUAAUAGCCAUUUGACUCAACACAUGAAAACACACACAGGUGAAAAAACAUUUAAUUGUUCAGUUUGUAGCGAAAGCUUUUCUCGAAAUGGCAAUUUGACUCGACACAUGAGAACACACACAGGUGAAAAACCAUUUAAUUGUUCAGUUUGUGGCAACAGCUUUUCUGAAAAUAUCUCUUUGACUAAACACAUGAGAACACACACAGGAGAAAAACCAUUUCAUUGUUCAGUUUGUGGCGAAAGAUUUUCUCGAAAUGGCAAUUUGACUCGACACAUGAGAACACACACAGGUGAAAAACCAUUUAAUUGUUCAGUUUGUGGCAACCGCUUUUCUCAAAGUAGCACUUUGACUCAACACAUGAGAACACACACAGGAGAAAAACCAUGUAAUUGUUCAGUUUGUGGCGAAAGCUUUUCUCGAAAUAGCAAUUUGACUCGACACAUGAGAACACACACACGUGAAAAAACAUUUAAUUGUUCAGUUUGUGGCAACAGCUUUUCUCAAAAUACCUCUUUGACUCAACACAUGAGAACACACACAGGACAAAAACCAAGUAAUUGUUCAGUUUGUGGCAAAAGUUUUUCUCGAAAUAGCAAUUUGUGUCGACACAUGAGAACACACGCUGGAGGAAAACCAUUUAAAUGUUCAGUGUGCUGUAAAAGCUUCCAACAUAAUGCAGACGCUGUGAAACACAUAAGAACACACAAGGGAAAAUAACCAAUUAGCUGUUUAGUUUGUGGUAUGUUGCUCAUUUGUGGCAACAUCCACCCUACCCAGGACCUCCUCACUGCUUCUUUCACAAAUAUCUGAGGUAUUCAUACAAACUUGGAUUAUUUGGAGCAUAAUCUUAUCCACUCAUGACCCCAUGUCUUCUCUGUAUCUGAAACCU